AUGGGGCUGGGGCAGUUGUUGUGCGACCCGGCCAGUGCUGCGCCUGCCGCGGAGGCGACGGGUCCGUUGGCUCCCAAGUCGUCGCACUUUCCGGCCAAGGCGAAGAACAUCAUCUUUCUGUUCAUGGCCGGGGGGCCCAGCCACCUGGAGCUGUUCGAAAACAAACCGCAGUUGGCCAAGUUCGAUGGGCAACUCCCUCCGCCCGAGUUGAUCGAAGGCUAUCGCGCAGCGUUCAUCAGCCCCAACUCAAAGUUGCUGGGCCCCAAGUUCAAGUUCGCCCGACAUGGCGAAAGCGGCACUGAGCUUUCGGAACUGCUGCCGCACCUGGCCGAAGUGGUGGACGACAUCGCCGUGGUGAAAGGCAUGGUGACCGAUGCCUUCAAUCACGCUCCGAGUCAAAUUCUGAUGAACACCGGCUCGCAACAGUUCGGCCGCCCCAGCCUUGGCGCCUGGUUGCUGUACGGGCUUGGAAGCGAAACACAGGACUUGCCCGGGUUCAUCGUGUUCAGCUCGGGUAAGAAGGGUCCCAGCGGCGGCAACUCGAACUGGGGCAGCGGCUUUCUGCCCACGGUGUAUCAGGGCGUCCAGUUCCGCGGACAGGGCGACCCCGUGCUGUACCUCUCAAACCCCAAGGGUGUUGAUGAUCGGCUGCAACGCGACUCGCUCGAUAGCCUUCGCGCGCUGAACGAGAUGCAGCUUGCAGAGGUGGGCGACCCGGAGAUUGCCACGCGGAUCAAUUCGUUCGAGAUGGCAUUCCGCAUGCAGACGAGUGCGCCGGAAUUGAUGGACUUGAACCAAGAACCGCAACACGUGCUCGAUAUGUAUGGGGCGGUGCCCGGCGAGUCUUCGUUCGCCAACAACUGUUUGCUGGCGCGGCGGAUGGUGGAACGCGGGGUGCGGUGCGUGCAGAUCUUCCACGAAGCGUGGGAUCAACACGGCGGGCUCGUCAAUGGGCUGAAGGAGAAUUGCAAAGACACCGAUCAGGCCAGUGCUGCGUUGGUGAAAGAUCUCAAACAACGGGGGCUGCUGAAAGACACGAUCGUGGUCUGGGGUGGGGAGUUCGGCCGCACGCCGAUGGUGCAGGGGGGUAAUGACGGUCGUGACCACCACCCGAAUGCUUUCAGCAUGUGGUUGGCCGGUGGUGGCAUUCGCCCAGGCAUUACUUAUGGCGCCAGCGACGAACUCGGAUUUAACGUCGUGGAAGACAAAGUUCAUGUACACGACUUGAACGCCACACUUUUACACCUGAUGGGGCUCGAUCACUUGCGGCUCACCUAUCGUUUUCAGGGCCGCGAUUUCCGCUUGACCGACGUCCACGGUAAACUGGUGGAAGCCAUCGCCGCGAUGCUCGUCAUCGUUCUCUUUGCGAUGCGUCCGGCAACGGCUGAAGAGAUUCAGUUCAAUCGCGACGUGCGGCCGAUCCUUUCGGACCAUUGCUUUAAAUGCCAUGGCCCCGAUAGCGCCAGCCGCGAAGCCGGGUUGCGGCUCGAUCGACGCGAGGAUGCGAUCGAUUACGGCGCCCUGGUGCCGGGUGAUGUCGAAAGUGAGAUGCUGCUGCGGAUCUUCAGCGACGAUGAAGACCUGCGAAUGCCGCCGCCCGACACGCACAAGGAUCUUUCAACCGCUCAGAAGGAACUCCUGCGUCGCUGGAUUGCCGAGGGGGCCGAGUACGAACCGCAUUGGGCCUUCAUCCCGCUGCCGAAGCAAGUUGCGGUACCCGAGCUUGAAGAUGACCGUGAGAGCACGAUCCUCAACCCGAUUGAUGCCUUCGUCGCGGCUCGACUUCAAGGCACGGGCUACCAGGCCGCUGAACCGGCCCCGCGGGAAGUGUGGUUGCGACGGGUGAGUUUCGAUUUGACGGGGCUUCCACCCACGUUGGCAGAGCUGGAUGAUUUUCUGGCCGACGAUUCGCCCGAUGCUUACGCCAAGGUGGUCGAUCGGCUGUUGGUCUCGCAGGCCUACGGCGAGCAGAUGGCUGGCCGCUGGUUGGACGUUGCCCGUUAUGCCGACACAUUCGGUUACCAGGCCGACCGCGAAAUGCACGUGUGGCCGUGGCGCGAUUGGGUGAUCGAAGCCUUCAACGAGAACCUGCCCUACGACAAGUUCAUCCUCUGGCAACUCGCCGGCGAUCUGCUGCCGGAAGCCUCGCAACAGCAGCGGCUAGCAACCACGUUCAAUCGAUUGCACCGCCAGACGAACGAAGGGGGGAGUGUUCCGGAGGAGUUCCGCGUGGCGUACGUGGCCGACCGCGUGAACACCAUCGGUACCGCCUUCCUCGGUUUGUCACUCGAAUGCGCUAGUUGUCACGACCAUAAGUAUGACCCGAUCGCCCAACGUGAGUAUUAUGAGCUGAGUGCGUUUCUGAAUAACAUCGACGAACACGGGAUGUAUUCCCACUUCACCGAAACCGCCGCCACGCCGGCGAUGCUGCUCUACAAGCCAGGCGAAGAGUCGGAACACCAGCGGCUGCAGACGGCCAUCGAUGAUGCGGCCGUCGCGUUGCAGCAAGUACGGGAGGAAGCCCAAUCGCGGUUCGCCCUAUGGCGAGAAGGUUUCGACGGCGCCAUUCCCGUACCGCAGCCGAGUCGCGAAUUCAACUUCGACGACCCUGCAGGCAACGGCGCGAAUGCGGCGGUCGACGGGAUGCACGGCAGGGCGAUUCGUUUUACCGGCGACGAUGCGUAUGUGUGUGAAGACGCCGGCAACUACGGUCGCACCACGCCGUUCAGUCUGUCGUUGUGGGUCAACCCGCAUGAGCAUGAAGAGCGAACCGUCGUCCUACAUCGCUCGCGGGCCGCUGAGGAUUCGGCCUUCCGCGGCUACGCGUUGGUGCUCGACAACGGCAAACUCACCUUCUCGCUGAUCCACUUCUGGCCAGGAAAUGCCAUUCGCGUGCAAGCCACCGAAGUGCUGCCGUUGGACGAGUGGUCGCAUCUCACCAUCACUUACGACGGCAGCAGCCAGGCAGACGGGGUCAAUCUGUACAUCAAUGGCUCACCCAUCAAGCCCGAGAUAAUCCGCGACAAGCUGACUCGCGACAUCAUGCACCGUGCCGAGUGGGGCGACUCGGCCGUGGGUGAAGAUAAACUGCAACUCGGGGCCCGGUUUCGCGACUUGGGUUUCACCGACGGCGCGGUGGACGAGUUGAAGCUGUUCGAUCGCGAGUUGACCACACCUGAAGUGGCGGUGUUGAUUGGCGAGGAUUUUCAAUCCGAAGACGGCCUGCGGGAGUUCUACCUUCAAACUCACGAUGCCGAAUACCAGGCAGCCUUGGCGGAACUCCGAAAGCGUCGCGAGGAAGAGAACGCGUUUGUUUCAGGCGUGCAGCAAAUCAUGGUGAUGGAGGAGUUGCCUGAGCGGCGUCCGACGUACGUGCUCGCGCGUGGCGCUUACGAUGCACGUAGGGAAGAAGUUUCGCCGGCCACACCGCGGGAUAUUUUUCCUUUCCCCAGCGACCUGCCUACCAAUCGGUUGGGCCUGGCCAUGUGGAUGGUCGACGAACGCAAUCCGCUGACGGCACGCGUGGCGGUGAAUCGGGUGUGGCAGCAGUUCUUUGGUCAGGGGUUGGUGGCGACGCCGGAGGAUUUCGGCGGGCAGGGGCAACCUCCUUCGCACCCGCAGUUGCUCGACUGGCUGGCCCGACACUACAUCGAAAGUGGUUGGGACACGAAAGCGUUGUGCCGGCUGAUUGCACUUUCGGCCACCUAUCGUCAAUCGUCGGUGCCUCGCGACAAGCGGCUAUACGAAGAAGAUCCGCAGAAUCGCCUGCUGGCUCGAGGGCCGCGGCAUCGAUUGCGGGGGGAAGAGAUUCGCGACAAUGCCCUGGCGGUUAGCGGGUUGAUGGUGCCCACGAUCGGCGGACCCAGUGUGAAGCCAUAUCAGCCGGCUGGGCUGUGGGCCGAGUCGGGCACGGGCAAGACUUACGUCCCGGAUAAAGGGGAUGGUUUGUAUCGACGCAGCAUGUACACGUUCUGGCGAAGAACCGCACCGCCGCCGAGCAUGAUGGCCUUCGACGCCACCAGUCGGGAAGUUUGCACCGCGCGCCGCGAACGUACGGCCACACCGCUGCAAGCCCUGGCCCUGCUGAACGAUCCGCAAAUGAUCGAAGCCGCCCGCACGCUGGCCGAACUAUUAAUUCACGAGCACCCCGAGGACAUCACCGAGGGAUUACCCGUUGCGUUUCGUCUCCUAACUAGCCGCGAGCCCAGUGAGCGGGAACAACAGAUCCUACGGCAGAUGUUCGAAGCGCAGCGAGCGCAUUACGAAGGUGCCAACGAAGAUGCCACGGCCUUGCUUGAUACCGGUGCAUCGCCUCGCGACUGCGAACUUUCGGCCGCAGACCAUGCAGCGCUGACCGUUGCGAUUGCAGCGUUGAUGAAUUUCGAUGAGAGCAUGACAAAGCGUUAA